UAAUAAAAUGGCAAUUAAUCGUCUUGAAGAAUCAUUGCUCAACAUUGAUAUAACAUCAAUUCUUAACGAAUUAGAGAUUCAACAUCCUAAUAUCAUUAUUCUGGCAAAUCAAAUGCAUAAAAAAUUUUUGGAAAAUUGUGUAAAUACUGUUGUUAUUUUUGCUGCUUCAUUGUUGGAACAAGCUAAUCAAAUGGUUUCUAAGGUUCGAUUUUAUUGUGUUAAAAAUUUUGUGAGCAAAAGAUUGAGUGGGUAG